GUGCAACGCGUAGGAUGCGUACGUAUAGUGUAGACGUAAUGACAAUGACUUUUUUCGUGCACAAUUCAAAACAAAAGAUGGAGUUUGACUUUUCUCCGGUUUUUACCUGAUCAAAUAAUCAUCUUCCAGAGCCUCUCUACUUUACUGUUGUCUUUUUUUAAGGUAUAAGAUUUUCCUUCUUCUUCAUUCAUCCUCCAAAGACUGAAACAAAUGGGAGCAGAGGAAGGAGAACAGUAUCUUCCCACUCUGCUAUCCCUCUUCGAUUCUUUCUGGUUCGAACAACAAAUUCUCACCUCAAGAAACUCAGCCACAGCAACAAAGCCCCAAGAAGGAAGUCCCAAAAACAAGAUUUCAAGAAUCCCAACUUCCAUGCCCAGAUCUUUCAGUGACAAAUGUUUGACCUCCAAAGACUGCUUAGAUUCAGAGGAGCCCUCCCCCAUGUCUGUUCUCCUCGAGCCCAAACAGCUCCAACCCAUUCUUUCCGGCAAGGAGUUUUCCGGGAACAAUGAUCUGGGCUUCAAGAACAGAGAGAGUUGCCGGAGGAGGACGAUGAUGGCGAGGAGGAAGAACAGUACAGCGAGGAACAGUAAGAGCUUGUCAGAUCUUGAGUUCAAGGAGCUAAAAGGGUUUAUGGAUCUUGGGUUUGUGUUCUCGGAUGAAGAUAGAGAAUCGGAGCUGGUUUCCAUCAUCCCUGGACUGCAGAAGAAGGGGGUUUCUGAAUCUGGGCAGAUUUCAGAUGUUUCAAGACCAUACCUUUCUGAAGCUUGGGAUGCUAUGGAGGAGGAGGAGAGGGAUAUUGGGAGUGGAUUGGGGAAUUGGAGGGUUCCAGCUUUUGGCAAUGAAAUGGAGAUCAAGAAACAUCUCAGAUUCUGGGCUUAUGCUGUUGCUUCUAAUGUUAGAUAACCCAGACCAGCCCUGUGAUGAAUGGUUAUGUUAAUCCACAAAGAGAUGCACUGUUCUUGUUUGUAUUAUAGAUUCCUACCCAAUUCGUUUAUCGUGAAAGCCAAUCUUCCUUGAUAUGGUUGUUGUGUUUACUCUGCGUUUGCUAAUUUACUCUGUGCCUGCUGCUAUGGGUAAUGCUAUGUUCACAAACUAACACAAAACUCACAAUCUUUGUCACAUCAUCAUAUCAUUUAAUAAAAAUAAAAUAAAAUAAAAUAACAAAUCACAACAAAAUAAUUAACGGAGUAAUACGGAUCUCAGCAAACUCCACUUCCCAUCUCACCAAACUCCAUUUCCAAUCUGAGCUUACCAUUUACCGUUUCUGCAACAAAAAGCUUCUCACAUCUCCUUCAGAUCUCAACGCGCUCAAUUGCUUCCGAUCUCAGCUUUUCACCAUGUUCUUAUCUUCAAUUAGUAUUACCCCUAAUUUUUGCCAUCUCCCUUUCGGAUUGCAUGAGUUCAUGAGCUAAUUUUGAGGAUGUUUCUCAAGUUUUAUGGCAAACACAUGAGGGAAACGGUAUCAAAUUAUGCUUCAUCUUCAAUAAUUGGCUUUAUUUGUUCAUCAUCACAAACAAGAACAGAAAACUGAAAAAAUUGGAUAGGCCAGAGGUAUUCCAGGUGGAGUAUUUUAGAUUUAAACAACAUGAAACAAGUUAUACUCAGAUCUCAAUUAUGGACGGAGUAUAUGGCAAGAGAAUUCAAGCACUUACACUGGAUGAAAAACUCAGUUGAUCGUAGGUAGAUAGAAGAUGAGGAGCCGUGAAAACCUUUGUUGGUGCGUCUAAAGAGAUCC